AAGAAUUAUAAAGAAGCUACAAAUAACAAAGAGAAUUAUAAAGAAAAUACAAAUGAUAAGAAGAAUUAUAAGGAAGAUAUAAAUAUCUACAAUAAUGAAAAAACUGUAAUCAGAAUAAAACGA